AUGAUCUCUUCAGCCACUGACUUUGUUUUGGACUAUCCCAGGCCUGUGAUGCCCAACAUGAUCUUCGUCAGUGGCAUCAACUGCUACCAGCGAAAGCCACCAUCUGAGUACGGCAGCCACUGGUUUACCAUGCGGUCCGUGGUGGAGAAUCUCAUCCACAAAGGGCACGAACUGGUUGUGGUCAUUCCAGACGUGAGUUGGCAACUGGGACCAACACUGAAUUGUACAGUGAAGACUUAUAAAACUUCUCACACCCUGGAAGAUUUGAACCGUCAUUUGAUGGAUUUUAACAAAGUUCACUGGAAAACUCGAAUACAACGCUUAUCUUCCCUAUUACAGAAUUCAUCCAUGGGUUUAUUUGAUUUAUUUUUUUCACGCUGCAGGAAUUUGUUUAAUGACAAAAAAUUAGUAGAAUACUUAAAAGAGAGUUCUUUUGAUGCUGUAUUUCUGGAUCCUUUUGAUCUAUGUGGCUUAAUCGUUGCCAAGUACUUUUCACUACCCUCUGUGGUCUUCAGCAGGGGAGUAAUUUGUCAUUAUCUUGAGGAAGGUGCCCAGUGCCCGGCUCCUCUUUCUUAUGUUCCCAGAAUGAUCUUAGGGUUCUCAGAUGCCAUGACUUUCAAGGAAAGAGUACAGAACCAUAUCUUCCAUUUGGGGGCUCAUUUAGUUUGCCCCCAUUUUUUAAAAAGAUGGGUUAGAGAGUUGCCUCUGAAAUCCUCCCAAGGGACACCUGUCACGGCGUAUGAUCUCUUCGCCAACACGCAAUCUGGCUGCUUGCGAACCGACUUUGUUUGGACUAUCCCAGGCCUGUCAUGGCCCAACAUGAUCUUCGUUCGGUGGCAUCACAACUGCAGCCAGGGAAUCCACUGCAUGAAGGUGGAUUGUUCCGCUUGUAGCUCAUGA